CUCUAUAAAUUAAAUUCUCCACACCAAAGCUCUGCAUAUUGCUAGCGGUCCUCCUUUGCCGUUGAUUCCUUCCUUCCUUAACUCUCGUCUUCCUCUCCUCUGCUCUUAAGCUUGCACAUCCGAUGGCUCUUCGGACUUUGAUUCGCUUCGUCGCUCUCUUCCUCGUCCUCUCGGUGGCCUCCCUUCGGUCUGCGAAUGCGAACUCGGAGGGGGAUGCUCUUUACGCUCUGAGGAGGGCGGUGAAGGACCCGGACGGUGUGCUCGAGAGCUGGGACCCGACCCUUGUGGAUCCUUGCACUUGGUUCCACGUUACGUGCGAUUCCGAGAAUCGGGUCACCCGGCUGGACCUCGGAAAUGCAAAGCUGUCAGGGAGGCUCGUGCCCGAGCUGGGAAAGCUCGACCGCCUUCAAUAUUUGGAGCUGUACAUGAGCAAGUUGGAAGGCCCGAUACCGAAGGAGCUCGGGAGGCUGAAGAGCCUCGUGAGCUUGGAUCUGUACCAUAACAACCUCACCGGCUCCAUCCCGGCUUCCCUCUCCAGCCUCGCCAACCUCAAGUUCCUGCGACUGAACGGCAACAGGCUGACCGGCAGAAUCCCCAGACAGCUUACCCAGCUGGGAAACCUCAAGAUCUUAGACGUGUCCAACAACGACUUGUGCGGUACGAUACCCACUUCGGGCUCCUUCUCCAAAUUCUCUGAGGAGAGUUAUGCGAACAACCCGAGGUUGGAAGGACCGGAGCUGAUGGGGUUCGUGAGAUACGACAGCGGGGGAAGCUGCAGUUGAAUUCUGGCGUAGAGAAGUUUUCCCAUGGCUCUCUACACAUAAUGGAUAUGGGAUGUAGAUGACACUAGGACAAAUAUGAAAGGAAGCAGAAAAUGGAGAUAUGCUCAUCUCCAGAAUUUGUGGUUUAGGUACUAGGUUUCAAAGACGACCCUCUGUUGGUUUAUGACUGAAGUGUUAGGUUUCAAAGACGAUCCUCUGUCGGUUUACGACUGAAGUGUUUCUUCGGUGGAUGGACCUAACUUACUUGGAUGUGAACGUGUAUUUAUAGAUAUGGCAACAAGGUGUCUAACUAAGUUCACUACAAAA